ACCCCUCUUUCUCUGCCAGGAUUUCUCUGCUAGGACCUUUAUCUCUCUGUCAGGACCUUGCCACUGAAGAAGUCAGUCUCCUAACAAAAGCUAACUUCUCAGUGCUAAUAAACUUCCUUUUGCCAGUCUAAUAUUUCUGGGUUCCUGAAUCCUUUCACGUUGGAUCCUACCAAAAGGGAUUCUGACUGCCGCUAGAACUCCAUCAAAUUGAAUGAAGCCACUUAACUUUGUCUGGGAAGGUAUGCUUUUUUCCAGGGGAGGGCCUGAGACUCCAAAUCUCCCUUCUUUUACAGAUUAAAAGGGACAGUUUCACCUCCCUCAAUCUUGUGAUGAAGAGAGCCAUCUACACCCAGAGAGAGGACUGUGGGAACUGAAUGUAGGGCAUAACAUAAUAUUUUCACUCUUUUUAUUGUUUGUAUUUUAUUUUCUCUCAUUUUUUCUUUUUUGACCUGAUUUUUCUUGUGCAGCAUGAUAAUUGUAGAAAUAUGUAUAGAGGGGUUUCACAUGUUUAACAUACUGGAUCAUAUGCCAAUUGCGGGAGAGAGUGAGGGGAAUGUAGGGGAAAAUUUAGAACACGGGAUUUUGUAGGGGGGGUGUAAAAAAUUAUCCAUGUAUAUAUUUUGAAAAUUAAUAGCUUUAAUUUAAAAAAGGAAAGGAAAUCAUUUCCGUAUCUCUGCCAAGAAAAUCCCAAAUGGGAUCAAAUAUUCAGGCACAUUUAACAAGGCAGCAGAACUAGAUCAUUGAGCUUGCAGUCUCAAAGACCUGAGGUCAAAUGUGGAAUCAGAUACCAGCUGUAUGACCUUGUGCUUGUCUUUUUUACCUGUCUUCCUUGCUUUAUCCAUGUAUGAAAGGGGGAUGGAUAAUAGUACCCUCUUCCCAGGGCUGUGGUGAAGAUAAAAUAAAGAUAGUAUUUGUAAAAUGCUCUAACUGCUAUAAUCUGGAUGACGAAUGGGAGGCCACACUCCCCCUCCCCCCCAGCACUCCUUUUAGAUCCCGAAGGUGAUUUCAGAGAGAUUAAUGCUUAAUGUCUCACAGAUAGACACAAAUCUGGAUUUAAACUCGUCAGACUCCAAAGCCAGAGCGCUUCCCGGAACAAACCUCGGGCAGUUUCAGUCAUUUAGCAAAUUUGAUCCGGACACGGGUUUUGUGCCAGGCAGGCCGUGCAGCCCGAGACGGGAAACGUAAUGGAUGACCUCUACCGGUGACCCUUAAAGCAAAUGUUCCCGAGCAGAGCACUGGCUCCAUUCCACCGUGACUGCCCCGGUCUCUGAGUCCAUUAAACUCUGGGCUCCUUCUGGUUCCGCCGCGGGAGUGACCUUGGAGCUGCCACGGACGCGAGUCUCCGCGCUUGCUUCCUCGUCUGCUUGGGGGACCCCUGGGAGAUCCCAGAACCCUCCGCCCGUUCGGCGCGAGAGAACACUGCGCGGCAAGGCCGAGGGAGGGGUGGCGGGGCGCCCGCUGGGCAGCCGCUCCGGUAGCGCCCGACCAGGUCUGGAAGCAAAGUCUACCUUGGGAAGCUUUGCCGGCCUCCCCUCCUUCCGGGGCGUUUUCGUUUCAGUUUUAGAGGACCAAGGCGGGGCCUAGAGACGAUGCCCCUUUAAGGUCAAAGAUUCUUUUGUUUCUCGAGCCCGCCCGCCUCGAGUUUGCAGCCCAUGCGCAGCCAAGAUGGCUGUGGCCAUAGCUGUGGUCCGGGCGGGCUGGCGCUAUGCGAGGCCGCUGGGCUGGAAACUGGGCUGCUGCCCGAGCCAAAGCCGGGCCGGGCUCUCCGGAGCGACGGGUCGGUGGCCCGGGGCGGCGUCCAAGGGGACCCCGAGACUGCUGGGGGUGGCGGCAUUGGCCCUUGGGGGCGCCUUGGGGAUCGGCCACACGGUGUGGGGCCGUCUGAAGUCCCAGGAACAGCUGGCCAAGCAGGCGAUCCCCCAGCUUGCUGAGGGCCGUCUGCAGCUGACUCUGUACCAGUACAAGACUUGCCCCUUCUGCAGCAAGGUCCGAGCCUUCCUGGACUUCCAUGCUUUGCCGUAUGAGGUAGUGGAGGUAAACCCUGUCAGGAGACAGGAGAUCAAAUUCUCCUCCUACAGAAAGGUUCCUAUCCUACUUGCUCAGGAAGGAGAAUUACUACAACAACUUAACGACUCCUCCGUGAUCAUUAGCGCUCUCAAGACGUACCUGUUGUCUGGGAAGAACUUAGAGGAAAUCAUCUCCUAUUACCCAUCCAUGAAGUCAGUGAAUGACCAGGGGAAGGAGGUGACUGAAUUUGGCAAUAAAUAUUGGCUCAUGCUGAAUGAGAAGGAGAGCCGACGGCUAUACAGCGGGAAGGAAGCUCGAACGGAGGAAAUGAAGUGGCGGCAGUGGGCGGACGACCGACUGGUGCACCUCAUCUCGCCCAAUGUCUACCGCACCCCCGCUGAAGCCCUGGCUUCCUUUGAUUACAUCGUCCAUGAAGGCAAGUUCGGAGCCAUAGAAGGAGCGGUGGCCAAGUAUGUGGGCGCAGCCGCCAUGUUCAUCAUCAGCAAGAGACUCAAGAGCAGGCACCACCUGCAAGACGACGUCCGAGAGGAUCUCUACCAGGCGGCAAACCAGUGGGUGGCAGCCGUCGGCAAAGACAGGCCCUUCAUGGGGGGCAAGGAGCCCAACCUUGCGGACUUGGCAGUGUAUGGUGUGCUGCGGGUGAUGGAGGGCCUGGAGGCCUUUGAGGACAUGAUGUGUCAUACUCAGAUUGGGCCCUGGUACCUUCGGGUGGAGAAGGCCAUUGCUAAAGCACAAGGAAACUACUGACUCUCCUUUGCUUCCCUUCUGGGGGGGCUGCGUCUGAGGAACCUGUGGAUUCUAGAGCCAUGGGCUUGCUGGCGAGCAGGGGCGAUGUGAAGGCCUCCCUGCCUCAACCAUCUCCCCACACUCUAACCCUGAGCCACCCAUUUCUGGUCCUGGGCAGGCUGUUAGAGGCCUGGCCCGGGGAGCUGCGAAAGAAGAGAGUCUUUUCUGGCUGUCCCUGACCCCAGGGAGGGUGAGACCCCUCUCAGAGCUCCUGGACUUUCACUAUUUAUUUCUGGUCUUCCUUAAGGGUCUCACGGAGCUUCUGCCCUCUCUGGACUCUUGAGUGUCUGGGAGGGAAGGAGCAGGCGAGGGCCCUGGAAUUCUGUUGGAGAAGCAAUAGGAUUGUGAGGACAUUUUUCUGAGAAGGUCCAGGGUCCCUGGAUGGGAGCCACGUGUUCCCUGUGGCCCAGGUCUCCUUACCCUCACUUGGAGGGCCUUGGAGAAGAGGCUGCCUCAGCUAUGAGUCAUGUCUGCAAUAAAGAAAUGAUUUGCUGUUCCAA